AUGGCUGCGUCCUCAGCGGGAAUGUGUACUGUUGUGUGCAAUUUAAACAGACAAUUUGCAGUAUAUUUUCAUAGGAUAAACACUCUAAAUAUUGGUAAUAAUACAUGCAAUAGGAAUUUGUGGAUCUCUGUUCUUCGUUACCAUAGUCAGCCACAAAUAAAAAAGAAAAGUAGUGCUGUCCAGGAGCUGGUCGGGGUUGUUGGUUUGGAGAUCCACGCGCAAAUCAACUCCAGCACGAAAUUGUUCUCGGGCUCCCAGGUCGGGUUCUCUGCUCCUCCAAACUCACAGGUGUCCUUCUUCGAUGCCUCGCUGCCCGGCACUUUACCGGUGCUGAACAGAAGAUGCGUGGAGGCGGCGGUGAUGACGGGUCUGGCGCUCGACUGCACCAUCAACAGGAAGUCGCUGUUCGACAGGAAGCACUACUUCUACGCCGACCUUCCCGCAGGCUACCAGAUCACCCAGCAGCGGCUGCCCAUUGCAGUGGGCGGGACACUCCGGUACAGCCACCUGAUUGGACACAAGCAGGGUCAGGUGGUGACUAAGAGCGUCCGGAUCAAGCAGAUCCAGCUGGAGCAGGACAGUGGGAAGAGCCUGCACGAUGAGGGGCGGAGCCAGACCUUCAUUGACCUCAACAGAGCCGGCGUGGGGCUGAUGGAGCUGGUGAUGGAGCCGGAUAUGCAUUGUGGGGAGGAGGCGGCGGCUGCAGUGAGAGAGCUCCAGCUCAUCCUGCAGACCCUGGGGACCUGCCAGGGCAACAUGGCGGAGGGUCAGCUGCGGGUCGACGCCAACGUCUCGGUGCAUCGCCCGGGGGAGCCGCUGGGCGUGAGGACGGAGGUGAAGAACAUAAACAGCGCGCGCUUCCUGGCCAGGGCCAUAGACUACGAGAUUGAGAGGCAGAUGGAGUUGCUCGGGAGCGGCGGGACGGUGCUGAACGAGACCCGGGCCUUCGAUUUCAAAUCUGGGCAAACAAUUCCAAUGAGGGACAAGGAGGGUCUGCAGGACUACAGGUUUAUGCCGGAGCCCAACCUGCCCCCCCUCGUGGUGUACGACAGCCAGACGGCCCCCCCGCCCCCGGGGACAGACCCGGGACAGGUGGUGCUCAUCGACGCCGUGCGGGAGCGCAUCCCCGAGCUGCCCAGCGCCAGGAGGGCGCGGCUGGUGCACGUUUUCGGGAUCCGACCCGAGCACAGCCUCACCCUGGUGAAUGAAGACGGGCUGACAGAGUACUUUGAGGGCGUGGCCAGAAUGACCAGGGCGGAGCCAAAGAAGGCAAUUGGCUGGGUAAUUAAAGACGUGUUGGGCCUCCUGAAGCAGCUGGGACUGAGUGUGAGCCAGAGCCCCGUUCCCCCUCGAGCCCUGGCCGAGCUGCUGGAUCUGCUGGAGGAUGGACGCGUUUCUUCCUCCGCGGCCAAGACGGUGUUCCAGGAGCUGUGGAAGGGAACUGGGAGGAGUCCUGCUCAAAUCGUGAAGGAGCUGGACUUGGGCCUCGUGGACGACAGUGAUGAGAUCCAGCGGAUCUGUCAGAGUGUCAUCGACUCGCACCCAGAGGAGGUGCGAGCGAUCCGCGCGGGCAACCGGAAGGUUCUGAACAAGCUGAUCGGCCUGGUGCAGAAGCAGACCAAAGGCCGAGCCGACCCCGUCAGGGUCAAAGCCAUGCUGGAGGAGGGGACCUCCUGAAAGCUGCCCUGCGAUUGGAGCGGGAGAGGGAGAAGGAGAAGGGGCGGGACCGAGAAGCAAAGCAGGAGUGGGAGCGGGAGCUCCAUGUGUCAGGCAGCUAAAUUUACAGCACUUAGAACACGGCAGCAAAUCUUCCUGUGUUAAAUCAAAUCAGAGUUCAUUUGAGUUCAGUGGGGACCACUUGUGUGCUAUUAGAGUAAAAGGUGCUCUUUUGGAAGUGGAUUUUACUGGGAACAUUUCGCUGUGCUGUAGUGUGUUGGACUGCUUUGGGAACUGUGAGAGGUUACGGUUUCGGUUCCUCAGGGAGACACUGCGGAUGCAUGCGUAACCAAGGCGCUUACAAGGGAUCACUUCAAUGGGCUUAUCUCGGAUUUGGGUGUUUGUUGAGAAUAUUAAAAAAUGAUGAAAAUGCAAUACUCCAUUAUUAAGGAAGCAACAGUUAUCCAAGCAAAUCUGAAUCAGUCUGUGGGCCUUGUCAUUGUGUAAACCCAGCUCGACUGCAGGGCCCAGUCCCGCCAAUCACUGUGUAUCGCUAUGGGGAUUCGCUGGCUUUGCAACGUCGCUCGACGUGAUUUUUGCACUUCAAACUUGGCUUGUCAACACCGGUCAGUGUAUGUUAUGCGAUUAAAAGUAAAUGAAUGAA